AUGUCUCAACAGGCAACAACUGCAUCGAUGAGUGGCUCCACUCCCCAUUCAAGCAGCAACAUCUCUUAUCAACAACUACCACAACAACCUGCUCAUCUCAUCAACCCUAUCUAUACGAAAAAGCAAAAACAACGUCUGAUAUCCAUCCGAACGAGAAACAAACGAAAACUCCCUCUCAAUGAAUCCAUCAUCUUUUUAAUUUUCUCUUUUAUGGACGGAAUUGAUAUUGAAAGUUGCUGCAAAGCAAGUCAUAUCUUCCAAAAUGUUGCCACGGAUGAGAGUAAAUUCUUGGAAUACUUUAUCAACAAGUAUGAUCCCUACACCACUUUUUAUCAUGACUACAAUCGAGUGAUUGUUCCAGCUGCUUCUUCGAGUGGCCAACAACAACAACAACCAUCAACAACAGGUAGUACUCCUUCGACACCCAUUGGAACCACUUCUGGCUCUUCAGGAUCAUCAACAACAACGAAUGGAGUUUCCGCCAAUAACCCUCCAGUGUUGUCUUCAUCUCCUUUGUCAGCCACGAUGCAGCCACUCACUCCCACUCUUUCCUAUUCUUCAUUCUCAACCUUGUUGCCGCCUGUAUCAUCAAUCAACAAUAAUUUGGAACAAUCACAACAACAGGGAUCACCCGUUAGCAAUAAUAGUGAUACAAGUCAUUCUUGCAUUAUUUCACCUGCACUGAUUCAAAAAGAGGAGCGCGAAUAUUACAAACGACCUCGAUGUAACUGGAGAAAUGCUGUCAAAUAUCGUGAACAAAUGCAACGCUUGUAUAGAUGUGGACAAGUACAUCUCAUGAAAGUUUACACACAACCCGAUCUCAAAAUUUUAACUCUGAGUUCUUCAAGCUUGAAGGAAGCCAUUAAGGGCAAAGGUUGGAUCGAUAUUGACAAUUCAACUCAUGCAAAUAAUGACAAUGUUUCAUCGGCUUCAUCACAAAACAAGUUGGAUCAAUCAUCUUUGGAAGACUCGGAGUCAAACAAAGUCACCAUUUUGAAUACCUCAGUGAGGCCAACCCUUGGAAAGCGCACAGUUUACGUCAGUGACGAAGAAGAGGUACGAAAAGAAAAAGAAAAACUUGAAAAGGAACGAGAGCGACUUGUCGAUGAAUUCGGAGGAAUUAUGAAUUAUUCUUCAACCAAUACGGAAGACUGGAAGAGUAAUGGCUUUCAUCUUAUGGACGUUCGUUUAUUGGAUGGAAGAGUUAUACUUAAUACUCGUAAAAACUUUAGACAUACUACCAAACCAUUCAAGCAUCAUUUCUCAUACGACUUACUUACCUAUUCUCUCUAUAGUGCCAAAGAUUCUCAUGUUGCAAAUAGACUAACAGGGCAAAGAAAACAAAUUCUGAAUAACAUGUUUGAAGAUGAUCUUCCAAUUUCGUCCAUGAGGGAACUUCACGAGACCCUGCUCUCUGAAACAGAUGAUUUUAUAUAUGAACAAUGGGUUGCACGCGUCAUUAAUUGUAGCAGUGAGUAUAUUUCAAGAAAUAGAUCUGAAAGCGGAGCAGCUGCCACAACAGCUGAUAACAAUCUGUCAACAGCUCACUCACGUGCUGACUAUCCACCCUUCUCUGUGUUAAAUCUUAUUGGCGUAGUUAAUACUUAUCCAAAAUAUGGAUCGUUUGGAACCGCUUGGUCUCCUUCAAAUCGUUCAUUUGGUUUUGGCUCUUUGGAAUUUUUAGAGUUUGAGAUUGAAGAGGACAUGCACAUCACCGAGAUCAGAAUUUUCGAAACAUUUUGCCCAGGAGGAGUUUUCAAAAUUUCACUCUGGGACCGAGCGAACCAGUGCUGGGAUACAAUAUGGCUUGGAAAACCCUACGACACAAAUUGCAGAAUGAUGGAGCGUGCCAGAGUUUUUGCUCCAAAACUUUUCACGAGAGAAUACGCUACAAAUAGAGUUCGUAUUGAUUUGGAUUUAAGAAAGUCUCCCUCUGGAUGGACAGAAAUUGAUGGAAUUCUAGUUAGAGGCUAUUUGCAUUACAAGGAUAGAUUGUCUAUACUGGCUCGUCAACAAUUACAAACCAAAAAGGAUACUAUUAGCCUCAAUAAGGAGAUUUUACACUUCCCAUAUUCAUAUCUUUCUCAUUCGCCUUUUGAUUAUCAAUUCGGUGUCCUUUGUUUUGUUUAUACAGAAUCUAGUUAUUAUCACAUCAAUUCAACACUUGUUGUAAUUGGAGGAACUGAAUUGCUAAAAGAUGAAGUAUUUUUGGAGGUGACAUACUCUAAAGAUUACAUUGUUGCUGUUAAAUUAUUGAGCAACAAGACCUGUAUGGCCAUUGUGAAAAUGGCACGCGUGCCAGUCCAGUAUUGUGUUCAUAUCUAUGACAUUACACUUAAAAAGCUUACGAAAACAUUCGAGUUGAAAGAGUUACCGACAGAAGCAAAAGAAAUCAAAAUUUGGGAACUGACACAGCAAAUUAUUGCAUGUUCUGUGGAUCGAACAAUUUAUGUCUACGACAUUAGCCAUUCCAGUUCUGUCAAUAAUUGGCGUUUGUUACAUACAUUCGAAAGUCAUCACUCCACCAUCACUACACUUUCCCUUAACAUAGAACUCAUCGAUUUAUGCAAUGUGAUGGUCUCAGGGUCGGCAGACAAGACUGUAAAAGUAUGGAGUUUGCACACUGGAAAUUGUCUCAUGACUUUACCUCACCCUGGUCCAGUAUCUUGUGUUAAGAUCAUUGCAGCAGGAAGUAUGGUCGCUACUGCUUGCAUUAAUGAAUCUGUUAUUAGAAUUUGGAGUAUUUGUGGACGUGGUGCUGGAAAAUUAGUUCGAGUACUUGCUUUGCCAACUCUUUCGUCAUGCAACGAACAAAUUUUCACACAAAAAGAAAUCUAUUUUGAUGAGUCCUAUUUUAUUUAUUUUGAGAAAGGAACGAACGAGUACAUGCUUGGUAGAUUUUAUGAAUCUUCAGAGAGAGAACAAACAAAACAACAACAACCUGAAGGUGGAACUGAUGAGCAACAAAAUUUGUCAUCACAAACCGAAUAUGAAACUUGGGUUGGAGGUGGCAAGAAUAUCAUUCUUAACAAGUAUAAUAUUGUCAACAAGUAUCAAGGAAAUGCUGAUGCAUGUACAAUUUUGUAA